AGUCCCGCUCUCCUCCUCCCACAGCCCCACCUCCCCGGCCCGCUUAACAUCCCCGGGCCGGCCGUGGGGCCCGCAGUGGUGCCCGUGCCCACCAUGCUGCGGCUGCUGCUGCUCGGCGGGGCCCUGGGCGUCGCGGCGGAGCAGGCGGCCCCGCUCGCCUUCACCAUGAUCCAGCUGACCCGCGUCUACAGGGGCAAUUCCAUGUUCCGGGGGAACGCCAGCCUGAACGGGCAGCUCAGCCAUCUCCUGGAAGGGGAUAAUGUCACCCAGGUGCUCCCGCUGGAGCCGCCGGACGCCUGGGCCCGGCGGCAGGAGCAGGUGAUCACCUACCUGGAGAACUUCAGGCUGCUGGUGCAGGUCUUCAACAAGGAGAGACCCACCAAAUUCACCCAGCACCUGUGCUGCCACCUCGGCUGCCGCCUCUACCCCAACGGCACAGCCCAGAGCUUCUACGAGGUCACCCUCAACAGGACAGCCUUCCUCAGCUUCCACGUCCCCAACGCCACCUGGGAGCGGCGCUGGCCCGGCGAGCUGCCGGUGGCUGCCUUCGCCCAGGAACAGCUGAUGAAAUACUCCAUAACCACCCAGGACCUGCAGUACUUCCUCAACACCACCUGUGUCAGCUUCCUGCAGGCCCAGAGCGCUGCCAGGACAGGAAAGGUCAGCGGCCGAUCGCGCGCUCCGCUGGUGCUGGGGCUGGUCCUGGGAAGCCUCGUCCUGCUGGGCAUGGCCCUGGGCAUCUUCCUGUGCACGGGAGGGAGCUGCUAGCCUGGGCAGCUGUCCCAUGUCACCCAUGGACACAGGGGACAGACUUGUCAUCUUCCCGUGCGUCCAUCACCGCCCUGUGGAGACAGGGAAAUGACCCAUCGUCUCCCUGUGGAGUCAGGGGAUGGAUCCAUCAUCUUCCCAAGGAUUCAGCAACUCUCAUGGAUCCAUCAUCGGCCUGGGAAGGCAGGGGCUGGAUCCAUCACCCCUGCAUAGAGACAAGGGCUGGAUCCCGCCGUGGAGGCAGGGACCAAGCCCAUCCCUCACAAGCCAUGUCCCCAGUGGCUCAGGCUUUGCUCCCCAAGGACACCAGUGGCUUCCCAGUCCUGUCCCAGCUGCACUGACCCCUCCAGCAGCUCCCAGCCCUGUGGACAGUCCCCAUGCCGGGCAAUGCACUGAGACUCCACACAGAAACACUGGACAUGGAUGGAAAAAUGGGGGAGAGGGCCAUGGGGAGAAAGCAGCAGGAGAAACAGCCUUGGAAUGGUUACAAGGAUGGUGUUAAACCCUUAUUUAUCCCUGUUCCAGUGAGGAUGGAGGGAGGAUGUCACACCUUGUGUAAUAAAACCACCCAUCAGUUCCCACCACACCUCUGGCUGCUCUUGUUCCCCUUGGCAGCACCAAUGUGGGGCUGUGGAUCCAUCCUGGACCACGGCUGUUGGUGCUGGGUGGGCUCUUUGGUGUUGCCAGCCCCUGUGCCAGACCUGGGGUUGUGUGCUAUGUCUCCCAGGUCUCCGGAAAGGUGCUGGUGGUGUUUGCAGGAGGGUGGUGCACCUUCUGAGCUCAUUUCAACCUUCUCCCAGCUUUGGUUUGAGUCACUUAAGUAAUUUUCUCAAUGUUUUUCAUUUCCUCGCUCUGUGUGAGAUGCUGAGGUCAAGCACACACAGCUGUGAGGGGACAGUUUUCCUUUUCCACAAUCCAAAUACAAGCUAAAACUCCACUUUGACUGGUUAAACUUUGAUUGUGUUGAUAAGAAACUCUUGGCCACAUUUCCC